AUGGGCAACGAAGAACUUAGAAUAACGAAACAAAAGUUGGUUCAGAGCGUUAAAGGUGUAGUUCACGAUUAUUCCUCUCGUAAUCCGCCAGCACCCUCGGCUGCUAGGGAAGUAGGUACUCGAGAACAAACCCAUUUCAAUCAAGAGACUUUGGAUAAUUCAGCUCGAAAUCCGAUCGUCAUCGACGACGACGACGAGGAUAUUGAAGACGUUCAAGGGCAGACAUUGGACUUGAACGGAGACAAUCUAAACUGCUUUAUGAAACGGAUUUUAGUGGAUGAUCUUACAAGUGGUUCGGAUAGUGAUUAUAACAAAUACUGGAUCGAUUGGUUUUUGUCUACCAAAGGAAAUGAAUAUUUUUGCGAAGUUGAUGAAGAGUACAUACUCGAUCGAUUUAAUCUGACUGGAUUGAAUUCUGAAGUUCAACAUUAUGUUCAGGCGCUUGAUUUGAUAACGGAUUCUUUGGGCAAGUUUUGUUUUACGAGCAUCUUUAGAAUAAAUUCUUAUUUUUUUAUUUUAGAAAAAGAAGAACUUGAUGAUGAGAUGCGUGAAGCUGUCGAGAAAUCUGCUCGUCAUUUAUACGGAUUAAUUCACGCAAGAUUUAUCAUCACAAGUCGAGGAUUAGCGAAAAUGCUUGAGAAAUACAAAAAAGCAGAGUUUGGUCGUUGUCCACGCGUUUUAUGUCACAAUCAACCACUUUUACCCGUCGGCCUUUCUGAUCAGCCAUACACCAAGUCUGUGAAAUUGUAUUGUCCUCGCUGUGAAGAUAUUUACAAUCCUAAAUCCACGCGACAUUCCAGCAUUGACGGCGCAUAUUAUGGCUCCACAUUUCCUCAUAUGCUCUUUCAAGUCUAUCCACAUUUGCUUCCACCUAAGAGUAAUGAACGGUAUGUGCCAAGAAUUUUUGGGUUCAAGAUUCAUGAUAUUGCCAAACAACAUCGUUGGCAAGACCAACAAAGGGAGGAACAACAAAGAAGGAUCACCGCGGGAACCGAUGGAAACAAUAAUAGUUAG